AUGGAUCCGACCGCCUCUGUACUGUCCGAGCUAGAGGCGAUUCUCCAGCGAAGCCAUGUGACCUUGCAGUCGGAGCUUCGCACCUGGGUUUCCCAGCAGAUGCCUGCGGGGCCUGCGGGGCCUCCCUCCACGUGCAGAGAAGAAGCUCGAGGCUUCACGAGUCCUGUAGCAUCCGAAGUGUCCUUCCCGGCCCUCGAGACGCGCCUGGCGAAGUCCUCGGGGCUCACCUCGACGCUGCGAGGGGACCCGGAUGAGGAAGGCUUUGGCAGCGUGCAGGUCAGCUCCCUGGCGCUGCCCACCUUCUCAGGCUCGCGGUCUCGGCGUGCCUCGCGGACCUCCAAGUGCUCUGGCAGUGAGGGCGAAAACUCGCAGGCCUCGGGCCGGGUGUCACGCUGGGGCGCGACGGAAGAGGAGACAGUGGAAGUCCUCCGGAUGCGUGCCAAGAGCAACAAGGAGGGCCAAGAGCCCAAGGCUGCGAAGCCGAAGCCCACCAGAAACCUAUGGAGGCGGAUGAUCGAACAUCCCUGGUUUGACAGAAUUUUCGCAUUCAUGAUCCUCGUCAGCUCCGUGGCUGUGGGCGCAGAAGUCGAGUACACGGCAUCUGGACUGCAAAAAGAAGAUGUAAGGCGAGGACGGGAGCAAGCAGCUUCCGACUUCUGGUUGUCCUUGCAUCACCGCACCUAG